UGGGAGUCCCGGUCUCCCGUUCUCUUCCUCUAUAUAUACUAUGAAAGCCCCUUCACUCAUUAGCAACACCUGAAAAACGUCUGAUUUGUCAGAUACACUACGUGACGCAUCUUUGCUUGAUUCUCCAGAAUCAUGGGAAAGGUCAAGAUAGGAAUCAACGGUUUUGGAAGGAUCGGAAGGUUGGUGGCAAGAGUUGCCCUGCAGAGGGAUGAUGUUGAGCUGGUUGCUGUUAACGAUCCAUUCAUCACUACUGAUUACAUGACAUAUAUGUUCAAGUAUGACAGUGUUCACGGUCAAUGGAAGCAUCAUGAAGUUAAAGUGAAGGAUGACAAGACUCUUCUCUUUGGUGAGAAGCCCGUCACCGUAUUCGGUAUUAGGAACCCCGAAGAGAUCCCUUGGCAUGAGACUGGCGCCGAGUACAUUGUGGAGUCAACUGGAGUCUUUACUGACAAGGAAAAGGCUGCUGCCCAUUUGAAGGGCGGUGCUAAGAAAGUCAUCAUCUCAGCCCCUAGCAAGGAUGCUCCUAUGUUUGUUGUUGGUGUUAAUGAGCAUGAAUACAAACCAGAGCUUGACAUUGUGUCCAAUGGCUGUUGCACCACCAACUGCCUUGCUCCCCUGGCAAAGGUUAUUGGCGGUGAGUUUGGCAUCAUUGAGGGUUUUAUGACCACUGUCCACUCCAUAGGCACCAAAAAAACUGUUGAUGGACCAUCAACGGAGGACGGGAGAGGUGGCAGGGCUGCUUCAUUCAACAUUAUUCCUAGCAGUACCGGGGCUGUAAAGGCUGUGGCAAAGGUGUUGGCUUCGCUGGAUGGAAAAUUGACUGAAAUGGCUUUCCGUGUGCCCACUGCCGGUGCCUCGGUGAUUGACCUCACAGUGAGGCUGGGGAAGAAUGCUUCUUAUGAUGAAAUUAAAGCCGCUAUCAAGAAGGCUUCUAAGGGAAAACUAAAGGGUAUUCUGGGAUACAUUGAAGAUGAUAAGGUUUCUACUGUCGCUGUUGGUGACAACAGGUCUUGUAUCGUACAUGCCAACGCUGGUGGCGCUCUGGGCAAUAACUCUGUGAAGCUUGUCGCAUGGUACAACAGUGAUUGGGGCUCCAGCACACGUGCGGUUGAUCUGAUUGUUCACAUGUCAAAGAUCGACAAAGCGGCAGGCCCAUCAUCUAUGCCUGCAGCCGGCUUGAAGGCAGUGAAGCGUCUUUUCCGUCUCAAGUAGAGACAGCUGGGUUCACAUAAAUAUGUUUUGAAAACAAUAUUUAGGAGUUCGACCUGUUUCUUCUCUUGGUUAGGGUUAUCUACUUAUCUCUUUUCCUGUUCACGAGAAAGCUUGGUUUGAAAACGUGGGGUUUGCUUUAUAGUAUUGAAAACAUGGGGAUUGGUGUUGUAGUUUUGUUCAGUUGGAAUAAAAUACCAGUUGUUUGACUGUC